AUGCCUGCCAAAACGCUUUUUAUGACCGGUGCGACGGGCUACAUUGGUGGCAGCGUUCUGGAAAAGAUAAUCAAAGAGUACCCUCAAUUGGAAAUUACAACCCUUCUACGAAAACCAGUUCCAGAGUUCAAGUCGCGAUAUCCUAAAGUCAAAAUUGUUCUAGGUGACUUCGAUAGCUUUGAUGUGAUUGAGAAAGCGGCGUCAGAAGCUGAUAUUGUUAUUCAUACUGGAGAUAUCGACCAUCCGGGCUGCGCUAAGGCAAUCAUAUCUGGCUCUCAGAAAAAUAAGAACCCAAGCUUUCUCAUCCAUCUCACCGGUACAGGCUGCAUUUCCGACGAGCGCGAGCAGACUUGGGAAGGCAAGUAUAAUCCACAUGUGUGGAACGACAUCACCGAAAUCAAGGAGCUGUACGAUUUGCCGGAAAGUGCGCAACAUCAUGUUAUUGACCAGAAUGUUAUGGAUGCAUCGAAUGAUAAGUUGAAGACAGCUAUCAUCUGCCCGCCAGAUAUCUAUGGACAGAACACAGGGAUCGGGAGCCGUGCGACGUUCUUGGUACCAGAGUACAUCAAAGUGCUGUUACAAAAGAAAGAAGCAUUUUACCUAGGUGCUGGGGAGAACAUUCGAGCUGUGACACAUAUCAACGAUGUCGUUGAUCUCUUUAUUCUCCUGAUUGGAGAAACAAUCAAAGGUGGUGGCAAGGCACAAUGGGGCCGAGAGGGCUUUUAUUUCGCAGUCUCGGAUGGUGUGGCAUGGAAAGAUGCAGCUGAGGCAAUCAACAAACUCGGUGUUGAGCAAGGUUGGCUUCCAAAAAACAGCAAGCCUGUCGUGUGGACUCCGAAACAAGUUGGGGAUAUUACUGCAGAUGAUCCAGGAAGAUCAUUGUAUUUGUGGGGUUCAAAUAGUAGGGCUGAGUCGGCGAGAGCAAAGGCACUGGGAUGGAAACCACAUGGGCCGACUUUCUGGGAGCAGCUGUCAGAAGAUGUCAAGGUUUCUGUAGCAAAAGCAAAAGCAAACUAA